UGGGAGUUGUGGUCCGCGCCGCCGAGCCGCCGGCGACGGAGCAGGCCGUCGGUCGGGACGGGCGAGCGGAACGCGGCUGCAGGCUUUUCAAGGAAGUCAAGGGGAAGGGCGGAUUCCUGCAGCCCGCCUUGCUUGGAGAUCCGGGCAGGAGGAGGAUGCCCUUUGGGGGGAGGACAAAGGUUCUCACAGCAGCGGCUACCCCCUCGAGAGGCACAAUGCUCCGGUGGGAGGCCCCUUUGGCAGGCACAAGGCCGGGUCUUCAGUGGUGGCGAGCUCCACUGGCCUCCUUGAGUGGGAUGCUUGGCACUUGGAUUCCUAGGAACUGCUUCCCUGCCUGACCUGCCUUUCGCUGAUGGGUGAAGCUGCCCGGUCCCGCUCAGUCUUUCCUGCUGAAUUCUUCCUGGGCCCCCGAGGGAAGCAGGCUCCCUGACUGCGUGGCUUUGCGCCACCUGCUGCCACGAUGUCUCUGGAGGGGCUGAUGUGCUGGAGUGGGUCACUUGACCGGCUGAGGGAGUUAAUCGGCUCCGCCAUCCAGUCUGUGCGGGACUGCAAUGCCCCUGCCCUCAGCACGGUGGCCGUCCUGCUGGCCCUGUUCAUCUGGUACUGCUACCACGUGGGGCGGGAGCAGCAGCCCCGGCCCUUUGUCACAGUGAACUCGCUCAUCCAGGGCGGCGUGGAGGCCGCCGGCCUGCAGAAUGGCUACACCCACUGCCAUGUGUCUGAGUGUGUCCGCUGCACACACAGUGACGGGCUGAACCAGAAGCUCUACCACAACCUCCAGGAGUACGCCAAGCGAUACUCCUGGUCGGGCAUGGGCCGGAUCCACAAGGGCAUCCGUGAACAGGGCCGCUACCUGGGCAGCCGCCUGUCCAUCCAGAAGCCAGAAGUCUUCUUCCUGCCUGACUUGCCCACUGCCCCUUACUUCUCCCGGGAGGCUCAGAAGCACGAUGUGGAGCUCCUGGAGCGCAACUUCCAGACCAUCCUGUGUGAGUUUGAAGCCCUCUACAAGGCCUUCUCCAACUGCAGCUUGCCCCAGGGGUGGAAUGUCAACAGCACAUCCAGCGGCGAAUGGCUGACCUUCUACCUGGUCAACCAGGGCACCUGCGUGCCCCGGAACUGUCGGAAAUGCCCCCGGACAUACCGCUUGCUGGGAAGCCUCCGCACCUGCGUGGGCGGCAACGUCUUUGGCAACGCCUGUAUCUCUGUGCUGACCCCUGGCACCAUGAUUGCCGAGCAUUACGGGCCGACCAACAUCCGUGUGCGCUGCCACCUGGGUUUGAAGACACCCAGCGGUUGUGAGCUGGUGGUAGGAGGUGAGCCCCAGUGCUGGGCUGAGGGGCGCUGCCUGCUUUUCGAUGACUCCUUCCUGCACUCAGCUCACCACGGAGGUUCUGAGGAAGGACCCCGUGCAGUGUUCAUGGUGGACCUCUGGCACCCCAAUGUUGCCGCAGCUGAGCGGCAGGCUCUUGAUUUUAUCUUUGCUCCUGGACGAUGACGUGGCACUCCUUGAUGCAGGAGGCUCAUCUGGAGUGGGCCCACGUCCCUGCAGAAGUGGCCUGGCCUAGUGUGCGUCCCUGUGCAACACAGGCAUGCACACACCCAGCUGGUGCGGGGU